AUGGGCCAGGCAUUCAUGUGGGCAGGUUUGGCUUCACUGAUAUUUCUUCAAAGUGUUUCUACCUAUAAACUGGUUUGUUACUACACCAACUGGUCCCAAUACCGACCACAGGGUGGGCGUUUUGUUCCUGAAGCCAUUGACGCCAAUCUCUGCACCCACAUCAUUUAUGCUUUUGCCAACGUAAGUAACGACCAGGUAAAUCAUGCCGAAUGGAAUGAUGACUCUACUUAUGAGACCCUCAAUCAUCUCAAAACCAUAAAUCCCCACUUGAAGAUCCUUCUCUCCGUUGGUGGAUUUACAGCAGGCUCCAAACCCUUUAGCAAGAUGGCUGCAUCUCCUGUCAGACGCUCAAACUUUGUUAAUUCGGUGGUGCGUUACCUUCAGGAAAACCAUUUUGAUGGCUUUGAUCUUGACUGGGUCUCUCCAGAAGAAAGAGAUAAAAAUCGUUUGGUUUACCUGGUUAAGGAUCUGUCUAUACAGUUCAAAAGAGAGGCUGUGAAAAAAAAGAAUGAAAAACUCAUACUGAGUGUGGCGGUACAAGCUGGAAAGGAAAAGCUUAAUAAAGGCUAUGAUGUAAGGGCAAUCUCAGAAUAUGCAGAUUUCAUUAAUUUCCUAACCUAUGAUUUUCAUGGUUCCUGGGAUGGAGUAACUGGCCACGGAAGCCCUCUUUACAAGGGCAAAGAUGACCUUGGAUCUUCAUCCUAUUAUAAUGUUGACUAUUCUGUGAAAUAUUUGAAGACAAAAGGUGCCCCUGCUGAGAAGAUUAUGAUGGGCAUCCCGACCUUUGGGAGGACUUUCACACUUGCUUCCCAACAGACUGGGGUUGGAGCCGCGAUCUCUGGUGCUGGAACACCUGGUCCUUUCACACAGGAAGCAGGAAUACUCUCCUAUUAUGAGAUCUGUCAAUUUAAUAAUGGUGCCAAGAAGGAAAGAAUUGAGGAGCAGGCAGUCCCCUACUCGUACAAAGGGACCCAAUGGGUAGGAUAUGAAGAUGUAACAAGUGUUCAGGCCAAGGUUCAAUAUAUGAAGGAAAACAAUUUGGGGGGUAUCGUGAUUUGGGCAAUUGACUUAGAUGAUUUUUCAGGUUCUGCCUGUCACCAAGGAAAUUAUCCCCUCACUGGAGCUGUGAAAGAAGAGCUGAAUAAAAGAGCUGAAGCACAGAAUGAAUAUAUCAAGAUAUAA